CGGAUUGAGAGUGGACCCGGAGCCCGGCAGCAUGAACCCGGGGAGCCGCUCCCAUCCGUCCCCGGAGCACGACAGCGCCAAGCCGGGGGUCACUCGCCCCCAUCCGCCCUCGGAGCCCAGCAGCUCGAAGCCCACCGCCCGCCCCGAUCCUUCCCCGGAGGCCAGCGGCGGCGGCUCCAGCCCAUCGGAGCGGUUCGGGGUACUGAGCACCGAGCAGCUGCGGCAGCUUCUGCAGGACGAGGGCAAACUGCAGCGCAUCGUCCGCCUGAGCGAGCAGGUGCAGUCGCUUCAGGAGGAGAGAAAAACCUCUCUAGCAUCUAAUUUUGAACUUGCUCAAAAAAACCUAUCUCUCCGUCCCCGUCUGGAAACUGGCAAAGCCAACCUGGCAAUCAAAUACCAGCUGCUGCGAGAGACAUGCGCGUCCUGUCGCGGGAAACUACGGAAAAUUCAGUGCCUCUUGCAGGAAUGUAACCCACACGUUGCACUCAGCCACCUGCAGGAGGAGCUGCAGAGCACCGAGGCAGAAUGUGAGGCCCUAUCUCAGCUGUUCCUCGAGGGUUCCCUCCCUCUUCUUGUUUUUCUGGAUUCUUACCACUUGCUACGGGCUCAGUGUCACAUACGCAGGAUCCAGAAUGAGAAGCUGCUUGAGCUUCUGGGAGAGACUCUUGACCAGGACACAUCCCCCCAAACCCAAGAACUGCCUCCUGACCGGGAAUUGCCCCCUCAACCCACCAAAUUACCCUCUGACCAGAACCUGCCCCCAAAGCUUCAGGAACUUCCCCCACAGUCCAGAAAACUGACCCCCAAGCAGGCCUUGCCCCCUCCUCAAGCCACCAAAUUGCCCCCCAACCGGGAUCCUCAAGUGAAGCCUCGCGAUGUAGCCCCUGGGGGGCAACAGCCUUCUCGACCCCGAGAACUGCCCAUCCAAACCAGCAAACUGCCCCCUGAACGAAAACUGCCUUCCAACCCCAAGGAAAAGCCCCACAAUCCCAGAGAUCAGGCCUGUGCUCAGUCCAUUCCUUCCCCUGCUGCCCCUUCACAGAUGCCCCCAGCUGUGUUUCGUCUGCCUCCACUGCCAUGCGGUAUGACUCCUGCAUUACUGAUCCCAGCGGAGGUGCUAUCACCAUUUCAGGGUCCGUCUGCCCAGUCCCCUGGCUGCCUCCCUCCACUGGGCCGCCCUAAUGCUCAACAGCAACAGCAGCCCCCAAGGGCACCUCUGCGCUUCAUCGCUCGAAUCUACUUCCUGAGCACUCGGCACCUUAGAGUGCUGUCCAGAGCCCAGCGGCAGCAGCAGCAGCAGCAGCACCCUCCAAAGCGAUAAGUGAGGGGCUGCGGGCGGAUAAGGGAGUGGGGCAAAUUAUGGGACGGGGGACAGGGUAGUUGUCUGUGUGUCAGUGUGUGGGUGUGAUUGUGUGUGAAUGAAUGUAUCUGCAGACGUAUGUUUUCUUUGUUAAGGCAGGAUGUUUUUUGUGUGUAGGAGGAGUGUGUGUAUCUGCGUGCAGAUGUGGACUGUGCAUUUAGAGAGAGUGAAUAUGCAGUGAGUUACAAGGUAGUUUCCUCUGGAGGCAACGUGUGUGUCUCUGUGCAUGCAACGCAUGCUCAGUGCUUCAUUUUCCAUGUAUUUAUUAUGUGUUUGUAACCUCAGAGUGUGCGCAUCACGUGUCUGUGCAGAUUCACUGUGUAUAUCAGAAGGGUCCAAGUUUUCAUUGAUGAUUAAUGUAGAACUACAACUUCCAUCAUCCUUAGACAGUCCCCGGGAGACACCAGAGGAUGAUGUGAGCAGUUCAGCAGGUGAAAAAUACCAGGCAGGUAUAUGCUCUAUCUCUGUGCAUGUGGUGGCAUGCAUGGGGUGUUUAUUUGAUAGUCUUUGUGUAUUUUCACACAAAUGUGUAGGUGCAGUUUUUCUGCAGUGCAGUGGGAAUGUCGGUAUGGCACAUACGUAGAGUGCAAAAUGCUGAUUAGACACAAGACUUGAGUUGCGGUUGUAUGUACGAGUGCUUUGUGUAUGCGUGUAUGCUGUAAGAUUGGUUGUAUUAGGAAAAAAACACAUGUAUGCUUGUUUUGAAAUAUUGCACUUUAUUAACAAUGUUUGGAUGACAUCUUAACAUUAUGGGUGCCUGGAAGAUGCGCAGGAUGCUGAUUUGCAAUGUGUUACCUCUUUAGUCCACACUGGAUUUGAGCUCAAACUAACCUUAAAUAAAUCAAGAGAUUCCUUACCAAGACCUGUUGGCACUAAUAACACGCUACUUGUAAUACUAUUCUAUACAGAUUUCACUCUGUACAGCCAAGGAUCUACAGUGUGACAUAGCUUAAGAAAUCUUUGUAAAGGCUUUAAUAUUUUUAAACUAGUAUAGAACAUAGUGAAAAUAGCAUUGCCAUCUGCCACCCUGAUAAUGUGGACUGAUACUGUGAUAAAUCCACUGGAGGGGCGAGGUAGGGUGGAGAUCAAUUGUGGAUUGGGUAUAUAGGUGUAAUCAAUUAGCUUAGGUCAUAGGGUUGAACAAGAAAUCUAUCCCUUGUCAAGUAUUUUUUUUCCUCAUCUGCACAAAGUAUGUGGAUAUGUUAUUAUAAAAUAAAAAUAUCCGAGUCUUUUUUUAUUUUAAUCCAUGCUUGUAUCUUGUAGCUGUCCUAUGUUUAACUAAGUAUUGAAACAGACAGUUAUAAAUCUGGUGCAACAAAAAUAUGUAUCGCCCGAUAGGGAAUCAGUCCAGUGGACAGUGUUGUCAUUCUGUCUCAGACAAUUAGGUUGUGUCAAGGUAGCCACGGCACAUCCUGUAGUUUUGCUUAACGGUAUAUGCAGGGUAGCUUUGUGUGAAUGUUGUGUUGGAUGAAUGUAUAUGUAGGUUAGCUUUGUGAAUGUUACAUUGGAUCGUGUGAAUGUAUGUGCAGGGUAGUUUUGUAUGUAUACUGUGCUGGAUUCCAUGAAUGUGUUUUUUAAUGUAGCUCUGUGUGUACGUUGGAUUGUAUGAAUGUUAAUGCAGUGUAGCUCUUUAUGUCUGAUUGAUUUGCAGGCUAUCUGUGCGUACAUGGCCUAAAAUAUUUUGUGAAUGUAUACACCGCUGUAUGUGUAUUUUGCGUAGGAUUUUAUGAGUGUGUGUAUACAUGGUAGCUGUGUGUUACCAUUACAUUGGAUUAUAUGAAUGUGUAGCACGAGUGGUUAUAUAUGUGCUCAGUUUGAAUACACUUGCUGAGUUGAUGAAUCUGAUACAUGUUACAGUACUAUAAACCAGCUUUAUAUGUCUAAAGGAUUUGCCUUAGCAGGCCCGAGUGUGUGUGUUUGUGUGCUUUUUUUAGUUUUUAAAAAAAAGAAAAUCACUUUAUUUAGUUUAGCUUGAGGUUUUCCUGCUCCUUAUGCCAGACAGUGUUAAAUGUCAUGUCCAGCUGUAGGACCCCCAACUCCAAUAAUUUUUGUUCUGCCCAUAGGUGAUGGAUGUUAACAUGCUGUGGGUGCCACAUAUUGCCCGGCCCAGUUCUAUGCCCUAGAUUAAUGUUUACUGUUUAUAGAAACGGAAGCAAGGUGUUCUAAACAUAGAACUAUUUAAGAGAUGUAGGCUUGUACAUAUAUUCUACACCUGGGCACACAGUCAGCACAUAAGUUGUGUAGACCUAUUCCUAGUGCAGUGAUGGCUUAUCUGGGCACUUCACCUGGCUUUGAACUACAUUUCCUAUAAUGCCCAGGUAGCCUUUUUAUUCAAAAUCACCAUGUCUGUAAAAGCACUGCGGGUAGUACACUGGAAUGUUAUCACCAAGUACACCCACCCAUUUCUUUCCGUUUUGCACAUAUGAUCAUUCCUGAAUCCACCCAUGCCCUAUCCUUAAUAUAUUUAUUUUAUUUUUAAGCAGAGCCUUCUAUAUUUGUAAUCCACCCCAAUGUUUAAAACAAAAACUAUAUGAGCCAUUGACUACCGUGCAGCAAAAAAAAAAAAAAACAAGUUACAGCAUAAUGCAUUACUUUCAUAUCUGGUAUUUAAAUGGUUCAUUUUUUUCACCCAGAGAUCUGCUUCUUAGAACUUUAUGAAAAAAACAAACCCGUCUAUUUUGCACAUUAAUAAAAAGACAGCACUAAAUAUCAAAAUACAUUUUGCACAUUAAUAAAAAGACAGCAAUAAAUUUCCUUCUUCAGUAUUGCGAAAGUUAAAUGUUAU